AUGGCUCCAAAUCUAAGAGCCAAGGGCAGCGCGCAAGGCCAAAGGAUUGUUGCAGGUAAUGGAAAUAAGAGGAAAAGAGAUGGAACCUCGAAUUUGCAGUCGAAUACAGUGCCAAAGAAAAGGAAGGGAAAGUCGAUGGAUGUUGUUCCAGACAAGCCAACAGACGGCCAAAAAGCUACCGAUAACGAGACGAUCAUGAAAGAGUUCCGCAUCGCUUUCCACCCACGGAAGUACUGCCCAAAGCGUCCAGAAGAUGUUCCAGAAGAACAUCAGACGAAGUUUCAGCACAUUCAGCAAUUGGGCCGGAUGAUUUACGACUCAUAUGCAGUACAGCCUCGACCGGACAUCACCAAUAAGCCGUGGGAGCUCGAAAACAAGCGGCGGGCAACACGCGUAAGCGAGAAAGCUGUUGAAUCGAGAGAUGACAAUCAGAACGAGGGUACCUGGCGAAUGGCGCUUGAAAACCGCAUCUUUGAACGCUUUGAAAUCGAAGUUGCAUGUGCCGCAAACGGCUGUGGCAAUCCGAUGGAAAGUAACAGUCGAACAAAGACUCUCGAAGAGCGUCAAAAACAUCGUUCAGCAUGCCAAUGUGAGCCAUUGUCAAAACAGUAUAGCAUUUUGGGCACAGGACUAACCAAAAUAUUCAGCACCCGUAUUGGCGAGCGAAGCGUGAUACAAAAUGACCCCGAAAAUCACCGUCGGAUAGAGAUGCAACCUGAUCGAAUCUUUGGGCUGAGAACUACAGAUGCCAUGGAGAAGAUUUUGCAGCGACCACAUAACUCCCACUUGGAAGAAGACCCUGAAAUCGAUGGGUUACUCAAUAGAUUGACUAUCAGCUGCAAUCCGGACAGUGUAAUGGAAGCGAAAAGCCUCAAAGGCAGAAGCAGUUUUCGGGAUAUUGAGUUACAAACGGCGGUACCGAUACGAAAUCAUCUAUAUCUACAACUCAAGCUCCAAGAGGAUGAAUUCAACAGGAUGCAGGUACCAGGGGGCCCGCUAUCUUGGUUUCUUGCAUAUAUUGGUGAGAUGUGGAGGGUAUACGGAUGUUACAUCACAAAGUCUAACCCAGACGACCUGCCCAAUUAUAAGCAGAAAGUCAUUCUUUUAUGGGAAGGAAGUAUUACUGGCUAUGAUGAAGCACUUCAACUGGUUCUAAUUGUGGACUACAUCGUUGAUUGGGCGCGUGAUAUCUUUCGGCCUAGUAUUAUCAGACAACUGAAGUCUGUAGUAGACAAAGGCUCGCGAUCAUCUUACACAAUCAUCGAAGAGCCCGACAUUCUCUCAAUACCAGGUUAUGCAAACUCUUGGUAUGGCGACGGACCUGCCAUUACCAUUGGUGGAGCUGAAACAAAUUUGGUCACCAAAGAAUCAGCCUUUGAUGCAAUAGAUUCCACCAUUGGAACUUCUCUCCAACCCCUCUUUAAGUCCAUAGGAAAACAUGUUGAUGUCAGGGUUUGGGAAUGCGCCAAGUAUGAGGCACGAGUACGAGGGCUGUACAUCACCGGAAACGACACUGCUACUAGUGAACAUCUUACGAACACGGGCUAUCAAAGACUGGAAACUGUCAGCAUGAGUCGUUGUUGGUUCCUUUUACCACACGCCCAGGACAUCAAGACCAUUGAACAGGCAUGGACAGGGAGCCAAGAGAUCCAGGGCAUGCACGAUCUCUCGCCACAGAGAAUACUGAUUUCGCUCUAUCUGCAGUACCGCAAAGAUGGCGAUGGCAUGCUGAUACGAGAAUUAACAUAUCUUGCUCUCACUGAAUCAGUAGCUAGGAAAAUUUGGGUCCUGGAAAAGAUGGUGGAGCGGCAUGAGCUGAUCGCUUCGGCUGACGAACUUGGGCUCAAGCUGCGCGAAGCCUGGGCUUCGAGCAACGAGAAUUACUUCCAACGUUAUGCGACCAGCCAAACUACCGUACUUUGUGCCACCGCGUCUGACUUUGACAGAAUGUCAGAUCGUGUCGUCCUUGGCUUCCACGACAGCCGCGAAACUACAAACUAUGCUAGAAGGCUGAAUUCCUUCAUCGAGAACACUUGUGAGAAUAAGCGAGCGCAGCUUUACAAAAUAUACGCGACGUGUUUUCGAUACACCAAGACGGUUCAUUCGCUUACCGUGGAGCCACGUUGUUCCUUGGACCCUACCCAAGCUUGUGUUUUCGUAAACACAGAAGCGAUGCGUACUGGAAUAUGCGCCUAUAUCACGAACGCAGAAUCUGAACAAUUCAACGAAACAUGUGUAAUCCGACACUUAAUCCGGAUGGUGGUUGUGAUCUGGGACUGCGAGUGGUCAGAUGGGGAAAAGGUAUUAUAUCCAACAAGGAGCUGGGACAGCAGCCAGAUCCUACUCUGGAUCGUAUCAGAUCCUCAAUGGGAUUUGUACAUUUCGAUAAAGCCUACUUUAACUAUGCCUGGUAUUAACAGAGUCCAUAAAUGUUUGGCGUGGUUUCGCAAAGUGUUGCUCAGACACGAGUAUGGAACAGGCACUUGUGAAGGUUAUUAUCGAGGUGAUUACAGAAACAUUCAACACGACAUCCAGGAAGCAUGCAAGAAGUGCGACUUCAAGGUAGAUUAUAGUUCAGAUCCGCGAAACUUUAAAUUUUGCGACGAGGACUUUAUGCCAGAAUGA